ACAGUCACGCACUUGGUGUGCUAUCGGUCAGUCCGGUGUAGUUGUGUUUUAACAAUUGACGGUUGUUCUCCGCCGGUUCUCCUUUAUUAUUUCAUUUACACCAUACUUUGUGUUAUACAUAUUUUUUGUAACUCGCCCACCAUUUUUAAUUUCUUACCUAAUCGGCGGAGAAUAAGCUACUGAAAUCGCGGCUGCCUCCAUCCAUCGCAGUUUUUAUAAUUAUCAACUACCAUCGCAGCUCUAAGAGCAAUAUCCAUUUUAAAAAAUAACUAGUAGCCAGUUGGUAUUCAAUUUUUUCAGUAUGUCUAGUAGAGGUAUUCAUAAAAAUGAAUUAAGAAAAAUUAUGAUAUUCAGACCAAACUGGUCUGAAUUUCAAAAUUUCAGUCAAUAUGUGGAUUACAUGGAAAGUCAGGGAGCUCAUAGAGCUGGUAUCGCCAAAGUUAUUCCACCACCAGAAUGGAUCCCUAGGAAAGAGAGCUAUUAUAGUGAUGAUAUAAUGAGUAUGCUUAUCCCUGCACCAAUCUGUCAAGAUGUCCGAGGUAAAACAGGGGUAUUUCAACAACUUAACAUUCAAAAGAAAGCUAUGACAGUAGCACAGUAUAAACGAAUGGCCGAGUCAGAUGAAUAUAAAGCACCAUACUAUUUUGACUAUGCAGAUCUUGAAAGAAAAUAUUGGAAAAAUAUAGUUUAUAAAUGUCCAAUAUAUGGUGCAGAUGUGUCAGGAAGUAUUACUGAUAAAGAUGUUGAAGUAUGGAAUAUUAAUAAACUGGGCACAGUAUUAGAUUAUGUCAAUCAGGAUUACGGAAUUAAAAUUGAUGGGGUCAAUACAGCCUAUCUAUAUUUCGGAAUGUGGAAAACGUCAUUUUCAUGGCACACUGAAGAUAUGGAUUUAUACAGUAUAAAUUAUAUUCACGAAGGAAGCCCAAAGUCAUGGUAUGCAAUACCACCUGAAUAUGGACGGCGAUUUGAAAGAGUUGCUAAUGGGUUUUUUUCCGCAGACUUUUCCAUAUGUCCUGCAUAUCUUAGACAUAAAAUGUCUAUUAUAUCGCCACAGUUAUUAAAUACUCACAAUGUUCCAUUUGACAAGAUAACACAAGAGAAAGGAGAAUUUAUUAUAACAUUUCCAUAUGGGUAUCAUGCCGGAUUUAACCAUGGGUUUAAUAUGGCUGAAUCCACUAAUUUUGCAUCGCCCCGUUGGGUAGAGUAUGGAAAAAGGGCUACACUGUGUCAUUGUUGUAAGGACACAGUGAAAAUUGAUAUGGACACAUUUGUAAGGAGAUUACAACCUGAAAAAUAUGAAGACUGGCUCAAUGGUAAAGAUAUUGGUUGCCAUCCAGAAGACCCUUCUCGUAAGUUCGCAGUACGUGUGCAUUAACUUAUUUUAUAGCUUAAUUUUUUUGAGAGAAAAUUAAUUUUGGACUUCAGUAUUAAAAUGUAAAUAAUUAAAUAAUUGUUAUUGAGAGCUCUCUGCUCAAAAAGCUU